AUGGAAAGACUUAAUGGAGAACUGAAGAAAUGGAAGGAAAGAGUUGAAAAAGCUGAAAAAGCAAAAGCUGACCUUCUUCUCUGUAAAUUAAGUGCUGAUGAAGAGUGCAUUAAAGCAGAGGAGGAGCUGAUAAAGCUCAAGGACUUUCAAGAGAAACAGCAUAAGGACAUUAUUAUGUCUAGGGACACCCAUGAGAGAGAACUCUAUGUACUAAAUCAAGAAAAUGCUGAGCUGAAGAAAGAGAUUGAAAAGCUCAAAGAAGACCUUGCAGAAUGUAGUUCAGUGCUUUCACGGAGUGGUCAGAUUAAAAAAAAGGUAGCAGAAGUGGAAAUGAAGUUCUCUCACAUGGAAGACAUGAAGGAUGAUUAUUCAGAUAUGAAUACUCACUGUGUUUUUGGUGCAACUACAAGAAUCCCAUUUAGACUGAAUCAAAACCAGGCACUGCUUACUUUUGAAGAUGAAGAAGUUGCCCAGAGACUGACAAAAAUGGGAAAGCACGCUGUGAACCUGGACAACAAAAUAGCACAUGUGAGCGUGAAGCCUUUUACACUUGAAAUGGGAAUCAAAUUUGAGCUCCAUGUCACUAUUUCUGGAAGGAAGAUCAGUGUUUCAGAAGUACCUGAGCUAUGCAUUCCUGAAGACUGGAUGAGAGACAAAUUAGAGCUGAAUUUCUACAAAUCUGAACGGGGUGGAGGAGGAGAAGUAGAAAAUGUGAAGUAUGACAAGCAGUCCAGAACAGCUGUUAUUACGUUCCUGAGACCUGGAGCAGCUAACAGCUUUGUGAGAUGCACUAAAUAUCCUUUCUAUGUAAAUGGAAGGUGCUAUAGGCUUUCUGUGUCCCCAAACACCGAUGUACACUUGGAAAAGUUUCAGCUCUAUUGCGGGAUUUCUAAGAAGACCAUUCUGUUGAAAGGAAUUCAAGAGACGGAAGACGAUGAGGAAAGCGUACAGGAUAUGAUUGAGAUUCAUUUUCAAAAGCCUAGUAAUAGUGGUGGGGAAAUAGAGACUAUCAAAUAUGUAUCAAAAGGAGUAACAUGGGUUUGUUUUGAGGAGGAUACUUAG